AUGGAUAUUGUAAUAUAUCUUAUAGUACUUAUUGUAUGCGGGAUGGUGUUUACAGGUUGUUACGGCUGCUAUAAAUUUGGAGUAUGCGACUGUUGUUGCAAAAGAUCUUACGCAUCUAGUAGCUCAUCAGAUUGUGCAGUUCAGCGUACAAACUACCCAGCUGCUCAAUAUUCAUCAAAUGCAGUACAAAAUCGAAAUAUUUACUCGCAAAGAAGUGAUUUGUCAGACGACAUUCUUCUUGGUAUUGCAUUGAACCAAUUUCAAAAGGAGCAGGCAAGGGAUAUAGCAUUACUUACAAAAGAGUUAAUUGAAAUACAGCAAAUAAUCAAUAAUGGUACUCUUCAAGAUGUGAUAAACUUGUCAAUUGUUUUUCUUCAUCACCUUGAUUAUUUACAAAAUUCCUUAGAGGGUUUGAAAAUGCUUGAAGAUUUCAGAGAACUAUUAAGAGCGAUAAGGGAUGAAAUUGUUAGUGCUUUGCAAACAAGGAGAACUAUUAGAAUUGCAAUCAUUGAACGCAAUGGAAAUCAGAUCAGAGGUAUUGUUGCUCAAUUCCAAGCAUGA